AUGACCAGCUACGCAUCAAUUCGUUCGCCGCCCAGCGACUCGUCGUCCCGCCCCAACAGCACCGCCAGCAUGUCGCGCCGUCCGCGCCGCAAGGAGAAUGGCGUCCACGGCCAGGCGAGCUGGGUCAGUAGUGUUAUCAACCUGGUCAAUACCAUUGUCGGCGCCGGCGUGCUGGCCAUGCCAUCCGCCCUAUCCAACAUGGGCAUCCUGCUCGGCAUUCUCGUCAUCGUCUGGUCUGGCCUUACUUCUGGCUUCGGUCUCUACCUCCAAACAAGAUGCGCGAGAUAUUUGGAUCGCGGUAGUGCGAGCUUCUUCGCUCUGAGCCAGAUCACAUACCCCAAUGCUGCCGUCAUUUUUGACGCUGCCAUUGCCAUCAAGUGUUUCGGUGUUGGCAUUAGUUAUCUCAUCAUUAUUGGUGAUCUCAUGCCUGGUGUGGUUCGUGGCUUUACAGACACUCCUGCGGCCGAAUACCUACUGGACAGACAUUUCUGGGUUACUGCCUUUAUACUCGACUCGCUCAAGUACACCAGCAUCGUCGCUCUCGUGUCCAUUGGUUAUCUUGUUGUCUUGGUUGUCUACCACUUUGCAAAGGGCGAUGACAUGGGUCUCAAGGGCGAUAUCAGCAUCGUGCCCGACAAGGGUAUUGUCCCUGUCUUGGCCAGUUUCCCGGUCAUCGUCUUUGCCUAUACAUGUCACCAAAACGUAAGCAGUGUCUUUAUACCGACGUUACUUUCAAAUGCUCAUUCUAGUAGNAUGUUCUCAAUUCUCAACGAGAUUGAGGACAACAGCACAUUCAAGACGACGUCUGUCGUCUUGGCCAGUAUCGGUAGUUCCGGCGGUAUCUAUCUGCUUGUUGCCAUAACUGGCUACCUGACUUUUGGUGACAAUGUCGCCGGCAACAUUGUUGCUCAGNNUGUAAAUAUUCCUUCAGUGGCAUCGACCAUUGGCAAAGCAGCGAUUGUUGUACUUGUCAUGUUCUCAUACCCUCUGCAAGUUCAUCCUUGCCGUGCUUCGGUUGAUGCAGUACUCAAAUGGCGUCCGGCUUCGCGCAAGCAGCCAGAAUAUGCCUCUGUCAAUGUGUCACCAUCUCGCUCGACCCUUUUGAACUCUGCGAGCAACUCGCAGAGAGGCCGUGGCGAGAUGAGUGACAGACGUUUCGCCGUCAUUACCACAGCCAUCAUCAUCUUGAGUUACAUUGUAGCCAUGACAGUUUCAUCUCUGUCGGUAGUGCUCGCAUACGUCGGCAGUACUGGAAGCACGUCGAUCAGCUUCAUUCUUCCGGGACUGUUUUACUACAAGAUUUCAUCGCCGGACUCGCCGCAUCACCAGCGAUUGCUCAAGGAAGACGAUGAUGAAGAGGCAGAGGUGGACGGCGAAGCAGUGACUGGGGGAUGGAACAGUGGAAGCAUUCUGCGCAAGCUCAGUCUUGGGCUGGCAGUCUACGGACUGCUGGUCAUGGUGGUUUGCCUCAUCACCAACACAUUCUUUGUUGUUGCGCACUGA